UCUCAGUCCCUUUCUCUUAGACAGAUGAAAGGAGCGCACUGAAAGAGUGCAGUCAUGUACGUAAUUUCUCUUGCUGAAUCUAAAGGUUAUUAUUGAGACAUGUGCUUUUCACCACAUGAUUUACUCUGCUGCUGUGGACGUAUCUCACUGUAAGCUAAAUCUGUGAAUAAAGUUUUCCAGAGAAGGAUUCAAAGAGGCAAGAAUGCCUGAACAAGAAAGGAGAAAAGGAGACUGAGGAUAGGAUGUCCCAUUCUGUUGUGAUUUGCAUUCAGCUGUAUCUCCAAAACAACACUAAAGCUGCUAAUUGAUUUCUUAUCAAGGACUCUCCAGGAGCGAUUGGAUACAAUGAUAACUAAUCAGUUUCACUUGCUCCUGCUGUUGUCCAUCCUGGAGUGGAGCUCAGCCUUGCUCCGCCCGGUGCCCGGAUUUAGCACAGCUGAUAGGGAUGGACGGACGCUCCACCGUUCUAAGCGUGGAUGGAUGUGGAAUAGUUUCUUUCUCUUAGAGGAGUGGACUGGAAGUGGAAAGCAAUAUGUUGGGAAGCUUCAUUCUGAUAUGGACACAGAGGAUGGUUCUGUGAAGUAUGUGCUCACUGGAGAUGGAGCAGGCUCAAUUUUUGAGAUUGAUGAAAACUCUGGCGAUAUCCAUGCCACCAGAAGAUUAGACAGAGAGGAAAGGUCCUCAUACACACUCAGUGCUAAAGCGGUCAACAAAACGUCUGGACAUGUCCUAGAGAGGGCCUCGGAAUUCGUCAUCAAAAUCCAUGACAUCAACGAUAACGAGCCAAAGUUUAGUAAGGACACUUACGUGGCCAGCGUACCUGAGAUGUCCAAUCUUGGUGCAUUUGUGAUGAGAGUCACUGCUACAGAUGCCGAUGAUGAAUCCUAUGGAAACAGUGCAAAGCUUGUUUACAGUAUACUACAAGGACAGCCAUACUUCUCUGUGGAACCUGAAACAGGUGUGAUAAGGACAGCUCUGCCCAAUAUGAUUCGAGAGAACAGGGAACACUACCAGGUGGUAAUUCAGGCUAAAGACAUGGCAGGACAGAUGGGUGGCCUUUCGGGGACUGCCACCGUCAAUAUCACAUUGCUGGAUGUCAACAACAGCCCUCCGCGCUUCCCUCAUAGUGCGUACCAUCUCUCCACGGUCGAGUCAGCGGAAGUGGGAUCUUCUGUUGGUCGGAUAAAAGCCAACGAUGCAGAUGCAGGGGAGAAUGCUGAGAUGUGGUACAGCAUUUUGGAUGGUGAUGGACAGGAUGUAUUCAGUGUCAUCACAGAUGGAACUACACAGGAAGGGGUGAUCAUAAUCAAGAAGCCACUAGAUUAUGAAAGCAAGAGGUCAUACUCACUCCGUGUUCAGGUGACAAACACACACCUGGAUCGGCGAUUUGAACAUCUGGGUCCAUUCAGUGACAUGGCUACAGUCAGGAUCACAGUCACAGAUGUAGAUGAACCACCUGUUUUUGGCCGGACCCAUUAUAUCUUUGAGGUGGAUGAGGACACACUGCCUGGGAGUCCUGUAGGAACUGUAAGUGCCCGUGACCCUGACGCUGCCAACCAUUUGGUCAAAUACACCAUCGAUCGACACACAGACCUAGAGAGGCUGUUUAAUAUUGACUCCAACAAUGGCACCAUCAGCACACUGCAAGCUCUGGACAGAGAGACGUCCAAAUGGCACAAUAUCUCCGUUUUGGCCACCGAAAUCAGUACAUCUCUACAAACUAGAGUCCCUGUGUUUAUCAAAGUCCGGGAUGUAAAUGAUAAUGCUCCUGAAUUUGCCAUGUAUUAUGAGACCUUUGUCUGUGAAAAUGUCAAAGCCGGACAGCUCAUUCAGACCAUAAGUGCUGUGGAUACAGAUGAGCCGCUUGUCGCACAUAAGUUUGUCUUCAGCCUGAGCACAGUCAACCCUAAUUUUACCAUUUUUGACAAUGAAGAUAACACAGCACGGAUAUUGACACGCAGGGGCAGUUUCAACCGACACGAGAUGAGCUCAUACCUGCUGCCCGUGGUGAUCUCAGACAAUGACUAUCCUAUACAGAGCAGUACGAGCACCCUGACUGUGCGAGUGUGUGCUUGUGACAGCCGCGGGAAUGUGCAGUCAUGCAGUACUGAAGCUCUACUGCUUGCUGCCGGUCUGAGCACCGGCGCUCUCGUCGCUAUCUUACUCUGCAUCGUCAUAUUGCUCAUGAUUGUGGUCAUGUUUGCUGCGCUGAGGCGGCAGAGGAAGAAAGAGCCUCUGAUCAUUUCCAAAGAGGACGUGAGGGACAAUGUGGUGAGUUACAACGACGAGGGUGGAGGGGAGGAAGAUACACAGGCCUUCGAUAUUGGCACACUGAGAAACCCCGAAGUCAUUGAUACCAACAAGAUGAGACGUGACAUAAUACCAGAAAUGCUCUUCCCCUUCCGACGUGUCUCACCUAUUAAGAACAAUGCAGAUGUGAGAGACUUUAUCAACAGUCGUCUUCAGGAGAAUGAUUUGGACCCCGCAGCACCGCCAUAUGAUUCACUGGCCACUUACGCUUAUGAAGGCAAUGGUUCACUCGCAGAAUCUCUCAGCUCACUUGAGUCUGCAGCAACUGAAGGAGAUCAGGAUUUUGAUUAUCUUAGUCAGUGGGGGCCACCAUUUAAAAAGCUGGCAGAAAUGUAUAUAGGAAAAGAGAUGCAUAGAGAGACUUAAGACGAUGUUGUAACACUGUUCUGAGUAUUCUGACUCAUAUCACUCCAUGAGCUUACUCACAUCAACACACUUUUACCAAACUGUAUAAUCUACUUAGAGUCAAGAAAGACAUGAAAAUCAUACUCGAAUUAAUUGGGAGUUUUGAUUUCCAAAAUUUAUUUUCCUCCUCUCAUUCUUGAUCUUGUUCUACUCUUUCUUUCUCUUUCUCUCUGUUUUAUAUUCCAUAAAGAUGCCUUUAAAGUUUAGGAAUUUGUUGUGAUUGAUGAUGUGAAUAAUGUGUUUUGUACGUACGAACAGUGAUAGCAGCUUUCUAUACUAUUGAUGUUUACUGCGAAUAAAUGGAAAACAAUCUGAUUAUUAGCUUAGCUUUUAUUGCAAACCUUAUAUAAAAUAAAUACAUGUAAACUGUUUGGUAUCUUGGGUUAAAAGGGCAGUGUUACAGUGAUAUUUUCUUUUAUUUUCGUUUUUCUUUAAAUGGUUCAACGUGUCAACGUGUGCAUUCAUCUCAGCACAUAGAAUUAGAAUAUGUACAAUGAAAAGUGUAAUCUUGUAAAAACCUGGUCAUACUGUCUUCAUUCUGGUCGAAUGCUGUCAUAUUGUUUUAUACUGUAUUUAUAUUUUUAUACUUAUUUUGAUAAUAAAGUUUGGAAAAUCCCUAAUA